AUGGAGAAGCGGGGCCCGGUGCUGCACAUCGUGGUGGUGGGCUUCCACCACAAGAAGGGCUGCCAGGUUGAAUUUUCCUAUCCUCCCCUAAAGCCUAGAGAAGGACAUGACAGCCACAGUUUACCAGAGGAAUGGAAAUACUUGCCAUUUCUCGCCUUACCGGAUGGCGCUCACAACUAUCAGGAAGAUACCGUGUUUUUCCAUUUGCCACCAAGAUGUGGGGAUCGAACCACAGUAUAUGGCGUCUCUUGCUAUAGGCAGAUUGAAGCGAAGGCAUUAAAAGUACGGCAAGCAGACAUCACCCGAGAAACAGUACAGAAAAGUGUCUGUGUUCUCAGUCAGCUGCCUUUGUAUGGGUUACUUCAGGCAAAGCUGCAACUCAUUACACAUGCGUAUUUUGAAGAAAAAGACUUUUCGCAAAUCUCAAUUCUGAAGGAACUUUAUGAUCAUAUGAAUAAUUCCUUGGGCAGUACUUUGCUAGAAGGGUCACAAGUUUAUCUUGGUCUGUCUCCUCGGGAUCUUGUUCUUCAUUUUAGACACAAGGUCUUGAUCCUUUUUAAAUUGAUUCUUCUAGAGAAAAAGGUACUGUUCUAUAUUUCUCCAGUAAAUAGAUUGGUGGGAGCUCUGAUGACUGUCCUGUCACUCUUUCCUGGUAUGAUUGAACAUGGCCUUACUGACUGCUCACAGUAUAGACCAAGAAAGAGCAUAUCAGAGGAUGCUGGCUUGCAGGAAAAUACAUCACGGUUAGAUGACUGUGUUUCUGUGUCUGCUGCUAAUACUUCAAAUACAAACUUAAGAAUGGGAAAGGGAGGCAGCAAGAUAACAGGAAACCAUUCACUGGAAGGUCAAAAAGUAAAUGUGCCUUCCUCCCAGUCAGAGAAGACUUGCAACGGAGCUCAGUCCUCCAAUGGUACUGUGCAACACUUGAAAGUUCCUUCCCGCGCUUCUCCGGCAUCCUCUGAAAGUGACUGGGAGACCUUAGACCCUAGCAUUUUGGAGGAGUCUAAUUUGAAAGAAGGAGAACAUGAAAAUACAGCAUCAGAACAGGCUGAAAAUCUUCCGAGAGAAGGCGUGAGCUCAGAAAGCCUUCCAAUCACUGUGCAGCCCCAAGCAAAUACAGGACACGCGGUGCUUGUUCCAGGACUGAUAUCUGGGUUGGAAGAGGACCAGUAUGGUAUGCCGUUGGCUAUUUUUACAAAGGGGUACCUUUGUUUGCCAUACAUGGCUCUGCAGCAGCAUCAUCUCCUGUCAGAUGUAACAGUCCGCGGCUUUGUUGCAGGAGCCACUAAUAUCCUGUUCCGUCAGCAGAAACAUCUGAGUGAUGCAAUUGUGGAAAUAGAAGAUGCUCAUGUACAAAUCCACGAUCCAGAACUCCGUAAGAUCCUGAACCCAACAACUGCUGACCUAAGAUUUGCAGAUUACUUGGUGAAGCACGUAACUGAGAACAGAGAUGAUGUUUUCCUUGAUGGCACUGGAUGGGAAGGAGGAGAUGAGUGGAUCAGGGCUCAGUUCAGUGCUUAUAUUCAUGCACUGCUUGCUGCUGUGCUGCAACCAGACAAUGAAAAGACUUUGUCAGACUUCGGAACAGCAUUUGUAGCAGCCUGGAAAAAUACCCACAACUACAGAGUAUGGAACAGCAACAAGCAUCCAGCUCUUGCAGAGGUAAAUUCUAGCCACCCAUUCCAGGGACAGUACUCUGUAUCAGAUGUUAAGUUAAGAUUGUCACACUCUGUGCAAAACAGUGAACGUGGAAAGAAGAUUGGAAAUGUGAUGGUUUCUACUAGCCGAAAUGUUGUACAAACAGGAAAAGCUGUAGGUCAAUCAGUUGGAGGAGCCUUCACAAGUGCGAAAUCAGCUAUGUCAUCGUGGUUUUCCACUUUUACGCAGUCAACCCAAAGCCUCGGGGACUAAAUAAUGGUU